GCCCACUUUAUUUCCCGUCAUCCUUUGCGCCCGGCAAACAGAGCGGCGGCCCCCCCACAACACGACAGGCUACUUGACGUUUAGCGGAAGAAUACAAUAGUUCCCUUUAAGCUUCGACACUUCCCUUCGCCACGAUGAGAGAUGUCACCGGGUUCCUUAAGCAGCAGCAGAGCAACAGCACCACUCCGGAGAUGGCGACGGAGUGGCACACGUUGGAGGAGUUGCACAACAAAAGGUUGUGGCAUCAGUUGACUCUGAGGCUGACAGACUUCGUUAAAGAUCCGUGCUUCAAAACGGGAGACGGCCUCAUUCAGCUCUACGACAACUUCAUCAGUGACUUCGAACACAGAAUCAACCCGUUGUCCCUCAUGGAGAUUAUACUGUACGUUACCAGACAGAUGAAAGAUCCCAAAGAUGCCAUCACUUUCCUCGAGAAGACCAAGGAAAAGGUGAAAAGCUGCGACGAAGCCCUCAUCCUCUGCAAGACUUCCAUCGGCAAACUCAAACUGGAGAUCAGCGAUCUUCCGGCCACAAAGAAACUCAUAGAAGACGUGGAGGAGAUGCUGAACAACCUGCCCGGCGUGACGUCGGUCCACGGGAGGUUUUACGACCUCUCCAGCAAAUACUAUCGCAUCAUCGGGAACCACGCCUCCUACUACAAGGACGCCCUGCGCUACCUCGGCUGCGUGGACAUCAAAGACCUUCCAGAGACGGAGAAGCAGGAGAGGGCGUUCACGCUCGGCCUGGCCGGACUCCUCGGAGAAGGAGUUUACAACUUCGGGGAGCUGCUGAUGCAUCCCGUGCUGGAGUCCCUGAGGAAGACGGACAAGCAGUGGCUCAUCGACACGCUUUACGCCUUCAACGGCGGCAACGUGGAGAAGUUCCAGGGCUUCAAGUCGGCCUGGGGCCAACAGCCGGACCUCGCGGCACACGAAGCCAAACUGAUGCAGAAGAUCCAGCUGCUCUGCGUGAUGGAGAUGACUUUCACUCGUCCUGCAAACCACAGAACGCUCACCUUCACUGAGAUCGCUCAGAGUGCCAAAAUCCCCGUUAAUGAGGUGGAGCUGCUGGUGAUGAAGGCUCUCUCUGUGGGCCUGAUCAAAGGGAACAUUGACGAGGUGGACCAGAAGGUGCAGAUGACCUGGGUGCAGCCCAGAGUGCUGGACCUGCCGCAGAUCAAAGGUAUGAAGGAGCGUCUGGACUUCUGGUGUGGAGACGUGAAGAACAUGGCCAUGCUGGUGGAGCAACAGGCCCACGACAUCCUCACCUGAACCGGUUUCCGCCCCUUCGGUCCAGGGAGGGAAACCCCUUCACCACCGUUUCUGUUUUGUAUUGUUCUUUCUGUCGGAUGUUCACGCUUUUCUGUUUAUUGCCAACCUGUAAAAAUACACUGUGGUGUUUUUACAAAUAAACAACUGGUUGAAACAUUAUUAUCCACUU